GAGAGAGAGCACAGGGGAGGAGGGCACCAAUCCUCCCAAACUCCUUUACAAGCGCCUCCAACACCUAAUCAUUAAAACACACACACGCACCACAUCUCCACGGAAACUAAACUUACACACAACACCGCGUCCAUCACAACCUCGAAGCAUCGGGCUUGAACAUCAACAUACACCGCGCGUUUUUCCGUGGAAUGAGCAUUCCAUGCAGCAUCUUAGGUAUGAAUGACGUGGCCUGGCAGGAGACGCGAGGUGGGAUGCUGCACACAAAUGGUGCGCCAGAGACCGGAGUGGUCCGAGUCCAUGCGGGGGGUUCUCUGGCCACAGUAGGAGGUGCUGGGCAGGGACCUGGAGGAGCUCACCCUCUGCCAGGUAUGGACCGGGUGGCCAAUGCCAACCCCGGCACCCCUCAGCCUCCACUGAGCGGUCGUUCCCAAGAUGAUGCCACUGUGGGCUAUUUCUUUCAAAGGCAGCCUGGGGAGCAGUUGGGUGGCUGCACUGCAGGCAAACACCGCUGGCCCACUGGUGAUGGAAACCAUGUUGACCAGGUGCGCGCUGUGGAUGAGAUGAAUUAUGACUUUCAAGCCUUGGCUCUGGAGUCUCGUGGAAUGGGUGAGCUACUUCCUGCAAAAAAAUUGUGGGAAUCGGAUGAAUUGACAAAAGAUGGACGUAAAGGGAUGUUGCUGGGUGAAGAAUGGAGAGAAAAUGCCUGGGGUUCUUCCCAUCAUUCUGUGUCUCAGCCCAUUAUGGUACAAAGGCGACCAGGCCAGGGCUACAACGGGAACGGAGACGCAAGCUCAGUGCUGUCCCCACGCUCAGAGGGGGGUGGUCUGGGUGUGAGUAUGGUGGAAUAUGUCCUCAGCUCUUCUCCUGGAGAAAAGAUGGAUGGUCGCUACAGAAAUGGAGGCUAUGGUGGAGCAGAUGCAGAUCCAGAUGGCUUGGAAAAGAGUGAUUCAAAAGAAAAGGCUUUACCAUUUGAGGAAGACAAAAGUCCUGAGAUGAAAGUUGGGGAUGAAGGGGAUGCCUCAAUAGCAAAUGCCAGAGGAUUGCUGAACGGGAUGGACCGUGACUGUAAAGACUUCAACCCCACCCCAGGCAGUCGCCAGGCAUCCCCCACAGAGGCAGUUGAACGUCUGGGCCCCAGUCAGGCCGGUCUGGAAAUGAUGGUGCAGCACCACCCGCACGCUAUGCAGCCACCCAACGUCUCAAACAAACCACCCACCGAGGACUUCCAGAGCCAGGAAGCCCAGAACAUGGGCGGCAUGGAGCAGCAAGUGGGCAUGGAGUCACUCCAAUUUGACUAUGCUGGAAAUCAGAUUCAGGUGGACUCAUCUGGUGCUCCAGUCAACCUGUUUGACUACAACCCCCAACAGCAGUUGUUCCAGAGAUCUGGUCAUCUCACAGUUCAGCAGCUGACUGCAGCACAGCAGCAACAGUACGCACUUGCUGCAGCCCAACAGCAACACCUCGGUCUUGCACCUGCGUUUGUGCCAAACCCUUACAUCAUCAAUGCUGGCCCUCCUGGAACAGACCCUUAUACCGCUGCAGGAUUGGCAGCAGCCGCAACACUUGCAGGUCCGGCUGUAGUCCCUCCUCAGUACUAUGGAGUCCCGUGGGGAGUAUAUCCAGCCAAUCUCUUCCAACAACAGACUGCAGCUGCCGCCAGUCAUUCUGCCAACCAGCAGGCAUCCAAUCAGGGACCAGGACAACAGGUGAUGCGUGCUGGGACCAAUCAGCGACCUUUGACCCCUGGCCAGAGCCAACAGAGUCAGCAGGAGUCCCUUGCCGCAAACCCAGCCCUGGCAUUUGCAGGCAUGCCAGGUUACCAAGUUCUAGCACCGGCUGCUUACUAUGAUCAGACUGGAGCUCUGGUAAUGGGUCCUGGAGCUCGCACUGGCCUGGGUGGACCUGUUCGACUGGUCCAAACCCCCCUCCUUAUCAACCCAGCAGCCGCACAAGCUGCUGCCAAUGCUUCAGGCUCUGGUAACAGCAUGUCUGGCCCUGCUAACGGUCUGUACCGGUCCAUGGGCUGCCAACAACCCCAGCAGCCUCAGCCUCAGCAGCAGCCGCCUCCUCCCUCCAGCGGUCUGCAGUCCAGCUCCUUCUAUGGGUCUGGCUCAGUGGCGCCCAGCUCACAGAGCAGCUCGCUGUUCUCCCAUACAAGCGCGGCACCUCCACCAAGCACAUCUCUGGGUUUCGGCAGCACUGGUGGAUCUCUGGGUGUUGGGCUAGGCUCUGCCCUUGGUGCCUUUGGCUCCUCAGAAAGAUGUGCAAUAUUAGUGUCAAGUUCCACUAGCAGCAGCGCAACCCGUCGGGACUCGCUUUUGGCCAGCUCUGACCUGUAUAAACGUGGUGGUGGUAGCAGUCUGACUCCCAUUGGCCAGUCUUUCUACAACAGCCUAGGAUACUCCUCCUCCCCCAGCCCCAUUGGACUAACACCUGGCCACUCACCUCUGACACCUCCACCCUCUCUGCCCUCCUCCCACGGGUCCUCAUCCAGCCUCCAUCUGGGUGGUCUGCCCAAUGGCAGCGGUCGUUAUAUUUCUGCUGCUCCGGGAGCAGAAGCCAAAUACAGGAGCUCGGGCAGUACCUCCAGUCUUUUCAGCUCUAGCAGUCAGCUCUUUCCCCCACCGCGAGCCCGCUAUAGUCGCUCAGAUGUCAUGCCUUCAGGACGCAGCCGCUUACUCGAGGACUUCCGGAAUAACCGCUUUCCCAACCUGCAACUGCGAGACCUGCCUGGACACAUGGUGGAGUUCUCACAAGACCAGCACGGAUCCAGGUUUAUUCAGCAGAAGUUGGAGCGUGCAACUCCUGCAGAGAGGCAAAUGGUGUUUGGAGAGAUCUUACAGGCUGCUUACCAACUCAUGACUGAUGUCUUUGGGAACUACGUUAUACAGAAAUUCUUUGAGUUCGGCAGUGCAGAUCAGAAACUGGCUCUAGCGACUCGUAUCCGUGGCCACGUGUUGCCGCUGGCUUUACAGAUGUACGGUUGUCGUGUGAUCCAGAAAGCUCUGGAAUCCAUCUCCUCCGACCAGCAGGUAAUUGUAAGUUGCCUUUUGUUUACUUUACACAUUGUUCAUUCAAAAAAGUCAACAAUUGUUUAUUGUAAAAAGUCCAAUGCUUGUUUAAGAGUUUCAAAAACUUUGAUAGAAUGCAGUUUAGCCAUUUUUGUGAAAGCUCCUCCUUUGAACAACAGCCCAGAUCUUUUGGAAUUUCGUUUAAACAAGGAAAAGAUUAAAAAAAUUAGUCAAAGGAGCAGCUAUAAAAUCUGCAGCACCAACGUUCCAAUGUGUAAUAUGCAUGAAAGCUCAAAUAUAAACUACAUAGGACCUGCAGUGUUGUGUUGCCAGCAGCCAUAUCACCCUGUAGCCCAAGGAACUCCUGGUUAUAAGUCCAAGACUUUGAAAAAGGUCCGUUCCACCAGCGGGGAGUCCCUUCCCGGGCACCGGUCCGCGGACGAGCGCGCCGGCCCCCCGAAAUUCCCCCCGGGGUGCCAACGGGAGGGGCCCAAAGUUUCGGGACCUCCGGGGCAGUUCCGCCUCGACCCCCUCGGGGGAGCCGUCCCAGGAACAGCCCGCGAACCCACUAAACGUCCUACCGGCCACCGCUCCCACGGGGGGUCCGGCGACCCGCCCCCGUCCCACCGGCCGGCCCCCGGACACGCCCCCGUCCCGCUAACCCACUAUUCGUCCGAUUGCCCACCAAGUCGGGCCGACUCUCGGGAACGCCCCCCGCCCGCCCCCGGGACACGCCCCCGUCCCACGAACCCACUAUUCGUCCAAUAA